UAGAGACAAGUUCUCGUUAAGAUGCCUAGUGCCUCCGUAGGUUUCUGAGGCUGGCUUUGAACUUGUGAUCCUCCUGCUCCCACAGUUUAUAUUCUUGGCUCUCAAUCUGGAACUAUCCAACAAGGAAGGUUUUAAGUUCACUUCUUAAGUUUAGUUAUCCCACUAAUACAAUCUGACGAGACUGAAAAUGCAAAGAUGUUCAGAGCAACUGUGUGUAAGAGUUGCCACAACCAAAACUAAAGACACUAGAUAUAGUCUAAUGGCCAAACACAAAUUGAUGCAUAAGUGUACAUAAGUGUAUGGAAAAUUGUAAAUUUAAAAAUGAGGAUGCAAAAAUUAGACUUUAAAAGUUGAGUGAAUAUGGAGGAUAAUUAGCACUUUCCAACUUCUUGGAAGGCAUAUUCUUGGAAGGCCUCUGUACUGGAGAGAAUAUGACUGCUGGUUCGGUGUGUGUCCCUCAGAUCAUACCACUUCGAGUGCCUCAACCUGGAAAAGCAAAUCAUGAAAUUGAUAACAAUACUUUUUUGGAAAUGAAAUCAGAUACCCCAGAUGUCAACAUAUAUUAUACCCUGGAUGGCAGCAAACCUGAAUUUCUGAAGAGAAUUGGUUAUGGAGAAAAUAAUACGUUUAAGUAUACAAAACCUAUUACUCUGCCUGAUGGAAAAAUACAAGUUAAAGCUAUUGCAGUUUCUAAAGACUGCAGACAGAGUGGAAUUGUAACUAAGGUAUUUCAGGUAGAUUACGAACCACCAAAUACAGUUUCUUCUGAAGACAAUGUUGAAAAUAUUCUCAAAGUUUCUUCAAAGGAAUUAAAAAAUGGAUUUGUUGGACCAAAACUAAAGAAGAAAUAUAAGAACACUGAAAAUAAACCUAGUUGGAAUGUUAACCUUAGAAAGUUUCCAGACCUUGAGAUAGAUGAAAGAACUGACUCUAAAACACUGAAAGAUCUUCGCUUCUCAGAAAGCCCAUUAGAAAUCCCAGCUUACCAUGAAGGAUCAAGUUCUAGACCACCCACUCAACAGUCCCAGUCGCCUGGUUUUGCACACAUAACUGGCCAGAAAAGUCUGACAAGAACAGAGAUCAUGAGGAUUCAAAGAGAGACAGACUUCCUCAAGUGUGCCCACUGUCUGGCUCCCCGCCCAUCUGAUCCCUUUGCUCGCUUCUGUCAAGAGUGUGGUGCUCCUGUCCCUCCCAUAUUUGGCUAUCGUCUUCCACCUCCAGAAGGAGCGCAGAUGGGCUUGUGUGCAGAAUGUGGAAGCCUGGUCCCCAUGAACACGCCCAUCUGUGUGGUGUGUGAGGCCCCUCUUGCUCCACAGCUGUGGCCACAGGCAAGCCUCCACUUGAAGGAGAAAGUAGUCUGCCGCACCUGUGGCACAGGGAAUCCUGCUCACCUGAGAUACUGUGUCACCUGUGAGGGGACUCUGCCUUCAGCACAAGAGUCGAUAUGCAAUGGAGAUAAAACUCCUCCUCCACCCACCCAGAAAGGAGACACCAUUUCCUGCUUCUGUGGUCGCCAGAAUGUCUGCGAGGCGUCCUUCUGUGACUGGUGUGGAGCCACACUUAGAAUUCCUGCUACUCACUCUGUUUGCCCUAAAUGUGGAGCCAGCAAUCAUCUGUCUGCCCGAUUCUGUGGCUCCUGUGGAAUUUAUGUGAAGUCCAUGGCAAGAUUCAGCUGGGACAGCAGCCUAGCAACAGUUGCUGGAGCACCUCACCCUUUUUCUGAGCACCGAUCUGCCUGGCAGCCCCUAAAUGUUCCUUUGCCCAGAUCUGACCCUGAGGCAAAGAAGGAGAUGGGCACACAGACGGUUGGCCUGUUCUACCCAUCUGGCAGGCUGCUAGCAAAGAAGGAGCUGGAAAUGGUUUCUCAACAGCAGAGACAAGAGAAGAGGAGUGACCACAAGCCUCCCCUCACAGCCAUCAGCCCAGGAAGGGGAUACUGGAGAAGACAAUUGGAUCACAUCUCUGCUCACCUCAGGUCUUAUGCUCAGAACAACCCUGAAUUCCGAGCCUUGAUUGCAGAACCCAGGAUGGGAAAGCUUAUCUCUGCUACUGUCCAUGAAGAUGGCUGUGAAGUUAGCAUCAGACUGAAUUAUAUUCAAGUCUCAAACAAGAACCUAUACUUCAGCAAGGCGGUGAAUUUCAGUGACCAGUUUCUGAGCGGUGUCACUGAGGGUGGUAAUGGGCUAUACAGCAGCAGGACCAGCUUGGUGAGCGAUUACAGCCAGAGUAUCUUAGAUACCAAUGAAAAAAUCAAGAGGAUGAGGAAUCUCCAGAUCAAAAAAUUUCACAAAAAGAAAGAGCACCUUACACCUGAAAACAGACUCCUACUGGCAGAAGUUGGCCCGACAGGGGAAGGAAGAAUCUCUGUGCUUGAACAGCUGCUGGAGGAAGGAGCAGACCCCAACUGCUGUGACAAUGAUGGUCGACCUGCUAUUAUCGUAGCUGUUGUGAAUAAGCAUCAUGAAGCCAUUCCAGUUCUUGCUCAGAGAGGAGCAGACAUUGACCAGCCGUGGGGACCGCUCAGAAAUACAGCUCUUCAUGAAGCAACUCUUCUUGGCCUCACAGGAAGGGAGAGCAUCGUGACUUUACUAGGAUGCAAUGCAAGCAUCCAAAAGAAGAAUGCAAGAGGCCAGACAGCAUAUGACCUGGCUCUGGAAAUUGGGGAUGACCCCAUCACCUCACUCUUCAAUGCUAAAUUUAGCCAAGGGCUAGAGGACCAGCUCCCCCAACCUAGGAACCUCAGCCUGGAGGACUGUUAGACAUAAGGCCUCGCUGAAAGAAACCAUCCAGCUCUGGUUGUUCUUUGAUUCUAAAAUGUGUAUUUGAGCUUGGGAAUUGGGGUUGAGAGGAUUCGUAAGGUGUGUGUGUCUGUGUGUCUUUGUGUGUGUGUUACUGGGAAUUGGACCCAGGAUCUUGUGCAUGCUAAACAAGUAUUUUACCACUGAACUACAUCCCCACGCCUUUUUUAACAUUUUAUUUUGAUA